GGGUUUCCUUCCUUUAUAAAGGUUCGCUUUCAAGGGCUGCACCCUAGUGAGAGACGAAGCUCUGAGAGGAACGGUCCCGUUGGAGCAGAGCCAUGGUGCACGUCUCCUUCUAUCGCAACUAUGGGAAGACAUUUAAGAAGCCUCGUCGUCCCUAUGAGAAGGAGCGAUUGGAUGCAGAACUGAAGUUGGUGGGUGAGUAUGGUUUGCGGUGCAAGAGAGAGCUGUGGAGGGUCCAAUAUGCACUGAGCCGCAUCCGUAAUGCUGCUAGGAUGCUUUUGACUCUCGAUGAGAAGAACCCUCGCCGGAUCUUUGAAGGCGAGGCUCUUCUCCGCAGGAUGAACCGCUAUGGGCUGUUGGAUGAGAGUCAGAACAAGCUUGAUUAUGUGCUGGCCUUGACUGUGGAGAACUUCCUUGAGCGCCGCUUGCAAACACUUGUGUUCAAGUCUGGUAUGGCAAAGUCCAUCCACCAUGCUCGAGUGCUUAUCAGACAGAGGCAUAUCAGGGUUGGAAGACAGGUGGUGAACAUCCCUUCUUUCAUGGUUAGGGUUGAUUCACAAAAGCACAUUGAUUUCUCCUUGACAAGUCCAUUUGGUGGUGGGCGUCCUGGAAGAGUGAAGAGAAAGAACCAAAGAGCAGCUAGCAAGAAGGCUUCUGAUGGUGAUGGAGAUGAGGAGGAUGAGGAGUGAGUAAUGAGUUUUAGGACCCAUCCUAUUAUAACUUGUGUUACUGUCAAAGCUAGUUUUGUUGCUACCAUUACGGGGCUUUUUUUUUUUUUUUUAAAAUUACCGCUUUAUUGUUUUGGUUUCCAACUUCCAUAUUGGUUUGAUCUGUGAUUGCAUUAUAUGUGCCCAUGAUCUGUGCUGAGGAUUUUUUUUUUUUUCCGCCAAAUGACAACACAAAUGGCUGGUUAUUGAAUCUGUAAAUUAAACAGAUGGUACUUCUGUGCUUAAGCUUUAAUUUAAACUUUAUUUGUAA